AUGGACGGAGAGUCCUUAAAUAUCAGUUUCAGUUCAACCCGUCUCACGAUCGAAAACCAACAACGAACCCGUCCUACGAUCGAAAACCAACAACGAACCCGUCUCACGAUCUACAACCAACAACGAACCCGUCCCACGAUCGACAACCAACAACGAACCCGUCCACGAUCGAAAGCCAACAACGAACCCGUCCCACGAUCGAAAACCAACAACGAACCCGUCUCACGAUCGAAAACCAACAACGAACCCGUCCCACGAUCUACAACCAACAACGAACCCGUCCCACGAUCGACAACCAACAACGAACCCGUCUCACGAUCGAAAACCAACAACGAACCCGUCCCACGAUCGACAACCAACAACGAACCCGUCUCACGAUCGACAACCAACAACGAACCCGUCCACGAUCGAAAGCCAACAACGAACCCGUCCCACGAUCGACAACCAACAACGAACCCGUCUCACGAUCGAAAACCAACAACGAACCCGUCCACGAUCGAAAACCAACAACGAAACCGUCCACGAUCGAAAACCAACAACGAAACCUUCCCACGAUCUACAACCAACAACGAACCCGUCCCACGAUCGACAACCAACAACGAACCCGUCCCACGAUCAAAAACCAACAACGAACCCGUCCCACGAUCUACAACCAACAACGUAGCCGUCCCACGAUCGACAACCAACAACGAACCCUUCCCACGAUCUACAACCAACAACGAACCCGUCCCACGAUCGACAACCAACAACGAACCCCAACAAAGCGAAGGUAUGGUCAAGGCGGCCGUAGUUUCGUAUCUCCACGACCUGUAUUCUCGUCAUCAUAUAAGUCGGGUGUGUAACACAUUAAUGGAUCUCUACAUUAAUGAUGAUGCCUAUGUACCUUACUUUACAAUUGAUAUAUAA